ACAGAGCCAGGUGACAUCGUGGUGACCGGGGAAGCAUGCAGCUGUGGCACUGGGGGCCCUGAAGACUGUCUGGCCUGCAGGGAGGAAUGCUACGGUGGGCAGUGCACUUGGAAGGUGGGCCGCGGAGGGUGAACCACGCGGCUGUGGCCGUCGGGCACAAGGUCUACUCCUUUGGAGGAUAUUGUUCUGGAGAAGACUAUGAGACUCUGCGCCAGAUUGACGUCCAUGUUUUUAAUGCAGUGUCUCUGCGCUGGAUCAAGCUGCCUCCAGUGUGGACAAACAGCCGAGACCAUGUGAGAGAGGUGCCCUACAUGAGGUAUGGGCACUCAGCAGUGCUCAUAGACGACAUCGUCUACAUAUGGGGUGGUCGCAAUGACACUGAGGGAGCCUGCAACGUGCUCUAUGCCUUCGAUGUCAACACGCACAAGUGGUUCACGCCAAAGGUGUCUGGAAUGGUCCCAGGUGCAAGAGAUGGGCACUCAGCUUGCGUCCUGGCAAAGAACAUGUUUAUCUUUGGAGGCUAUGAACAGCUGGCUGACUGCUUUUCAAAUGAUAUCCAUAAAUUGGACACCACAAACAUGACGUGGACCUUAAUCUCUGCCAAGGGUACACCGGCUCGCUGGAGAGACUUCCAUUCAGCUACCAUCAUUGGAACAAAGAUGUACGUAUUUGGUGGCAGAGCUGAUCGUUUUGGGCCAUUUCACUCCAACAAUGAGAUCUACUGUAACCGCAUUGAAGUAUUUGAUACAGAAACAAACUCCUGGCUGGACUCCCCUCAAACUCCAGUGCUCCCUGAAGGCCGGCGGAGCCAUUCAGCAUUCAGCUACAAUGGGGAGCUGUACGUAUUUGGUGGCUACAACGCACGCCUGAACAGACACUUCCAUGAUCUGUGGAAAUUCAAUCCAGUUUCUCUUUCUUGGAGGAAGAUUGAGCCCAAGGGAAAAGGCCCAUGUCCUCGACGCCGGCAAUGCUGCUGCAGAGUGGGAGACAAAAUCAUUCUCUUUGGAGGCACCAGCCCGUCUCCAGAGGAGGGAAUGGGUGAUGAAUUUGACCUGAUGGAUCACUCUGACCUCUACAUCCUCGACUUCAGUCCCAGUCUAAAGACGCUGUGUAAGCUGGCUGUGAUUCAGUACAGCCUGGACCAGUCCUGCCUUCCCCACGACAUCAGAUGGGAGCUCUCGGCCAUGACAACAAACAGCACCAUCAGCCGCCCCAUCGUCUCCUCCCAGGGCUGACACCAGCUCAUCCCUCUACCACCCUGCCCUCGCCCCUCCACAUACUGACCUCUUGCUCCACUGUCUGCAUGAGUUUUUACCCUUUCAAGAAA